AGGACCUUCAAAGCAAUCCAGCCCAUCACUUGGGAUUUAUACAGGAAAGGAGAAGCACAGCUGCUUAUCUUUAUCAUGUACACUUUUGGCUUGAUACAAAUUGGCCUCAUUCUGUUGUGCACCAUCACCACCUCAAGUCUUACCUGUAAUCACCUUCCUUUGCAGCAAAGAAAAGUGAUUGAGAGCAGCCUGCAACUUUUGGACAAAAUGGGCAAAAGGUUUCCUCAGCAGUGUCUAAGAGAGAAAAUGUCCUUCAGAUUUCCUGAGCAGGUUCUAAAACCCAGACAGAAAGAAACUGUUAAAGUAGCCAUUGAAGAAAUCUUGCAACACAUCUUCUAUAUAUUUAGCCAAAAUCUGACUCUAGCUGCGUGGGAUGGGGCAGCUCUAGAACAAUUCCAAAAUGGACUCUAUCAGCAAAUUGAGCAAUUGGAGGCAUGCAUAAUCAAGAAACAAACUCACUAUUUUUGGAGUAAAGAAGUCAACAGGCUGAAACUGAAAAAGUAUUUCCAAAAGAUAGACUCUUUUCUUAAAGAGAAACAACACAACCUGUGCUCCUGGGAGAUCAGCCGUGCAGAAAUGAGGAGAUGUCUUCAAUUGAUUGAUAAAGUCACGAGGAAGCUUUACAACUAAGGGUAGCCAUACCCUCCUCUCUGCCAGUUGCGGAUGCAAGCUAAAGGAAAUGAUGACAGCUAUAGGUAUCAGGUCUGAAGCGAAAUACCAGAAGGAAAACCUGCUAACAACGCUACCAUGAUCCAACACAAACAGUAAGGCAAAAGGCUGAGAUCCCACCAAAAGAAAACUACAGCUGAAGGAGACUUUUUUUGUGUGUGCUUUGUAACUAACAACACUUGGAAUAGUUCCACGGCCAGACUGUUGGAAAUCUGAUUUCCUGCUUGUUUGUUUUUUGCACUUCUGCA